AUGCCCAGGGUACCCCGGCUGAUGCUUCCGUGCAGAAGUGAGUGCCUGCAGAGCACAUGGGAGAAAGCCUACCAGGAUCACAGGAAAAAGGUCCAGGAUGCCCAGCCACUCGUGGAUACCCAUGCCCCAUGGUCUCUCAGCCACUUUCACUUGAACCUCAAGAAGCUCAAGCUGGAGGAGGAGCGGCUCUCUGUCAUAGACAGGGACAACCGCCUGCUGCUGCAGAAGCUGUCCUGCAUCAUGAGGACCAGGGGACAAACUGACAGCAGAAACAACUACGCAUGCAGGAGCCUAAACAGGGGGGAAGGAGAACAGGAACUUCUCGGAGUUCAAAGGAAAAGCAAUGUGCCACAAAGAGAAAACAAGAUAAUUCUGGGAAGGAUCACAAACUCAGAGCCAUUUUAUCAAGCUCAACGGUGGCAGGAAGGCUGGGCAAGGACUGAGAAGUGCCAGCGUGCCCUUGCACAGUAUCCUUGGAGUUGGCAGACAAGCCAGGGGAAAAGGAGAAGCUCCCAGAAACUCAGUUCUUCUCACCGACACAGUAAAGAAUUACAGAUCAGCAAGUCUAUCAGCAUGCAAGCAGGGUUUGCAGGUGAUAUGUACUCAUGGAAGAGAAUGAGCCUUGCUGAGGUGGGGGAGAAAGGCAAGAGCAAGGGUGGCAAGGGCAGCUGUGGCAAGAGCAAGAGAAAGCAAGGUCCUUUGUUCUGA